CAAUAUACAAUAUACAAUAUACAAUAUACAACAUUCAACAAACAUCGCACACCAUGCGGGAUUCACGAUCUCGGUCCCGGUCUUACCGGUCACGCUCGCCACGGUCACGUUCACCUAUGCGUCGGUCACGAUAUUCCGGCGCGCACAGACGUAGUUUUUCGAAAUCAAGAUCACGCUCGUUUUCUCCCAAUGGAAGAGGGGGCCGUAUUAUGUCGCGUAGUAGGUCAAGGUCACGUGGCGGGCCAAAUAGGUCCAGAAGUAGGUCUAGAAGUCGGUCUAGGAUUAGCAGGAGUCGAUCCUAUUCCAGAAGCCGCAGUAGAAGCAGAUCGCCCGGGAGAUCUAAUAGGAAGAAAGUGAAAGAGGACCCUUACCCGUUGUAUAGAGUUAGUGUGGUCAAGGCCCUGCAUUUACAGUCGGACUAUCGAGAUCAGCGACAUGCGGGGUCCUCGAAAGAGCUAGAACAGAAGCUUCUUGAGGCGUGCACACUCUACGUGGGUAACUUGUCGUUCUAUACAACGGAGGAGCAGGUAUACGAGUUGUUCUCGAAGGUGGGCGAAGUCAAGCGCAUCAUUAUGGGCUUAGAUAGGUUCAAGAAGACGCCGUGUGGAUUUUGCUUUAUCGAAUACUACACGAGAGAGGAUGCAGCAGAUUGUAUCAAAUUCAUAUCCGGAACAAAAUUAGACGAUCGAAUUAUUAGAUGUGAUUGGGAUGCUGGGUUUGUGGAAGGUAGGCAGUACGGACGAGGUAAAUCAGGCGGGCAGGUGAGAGACGACUACAGAGACGACUUCGACAGUGGCCGCGGUGGUUACGGCGGCGGUGGUCAACCGCAGGCCAGGGAGUACGCACAAUACCAUGGAGGAUCACAGAACAUUCUCAACGCUGGGCCCGGUGGAGGUCUUGCAGGGGGUACACGUGCAGGCUCAAAAUCAAACACAGACAGGAAACGUGCUAGAGGAGAGAGUGAGAGCGGAAACGGCAAACGUGCUCGUAGACGUAGUGGCAGUGAUAGCGGCCGCGGUGAGGAUGAUGAUGAUGACGGAGAGCUUGUUGGGGCCGAAGCAGGUGACGCAUCGACUGCGGAGGGUACUGCAGCUAAUGAAGAUAAAGAACAUGAAGCCAAUGAAAUGGAAGAUAGUGUUGAUAGGGCAGAUGCUGACGAUGAAGUGCCAGCCGAGUCUGCACUCGAAGAUAUCGUCGAUGAAGAUUUAGAUGGUGAUGGCGCUGAGGGGAUGGAGGACGCCGAUGACGCUUAAGCAAACCUUGGGAUUUCCUCAGUAGGCAUACACUGAAUAUGUAGCUAGGCCGUUUACUACAGUACAUACGCCACUCCGGUGCCAUACAUAGUGUUGCCCGCGUGUGCAAGCUUCGGUCAUCCGGUGAUACCAGUUGCGACUGUGGGCCGAUGCCAACCAUUUGGUCGCGAAUUAAAUACUUCGAGGGGCAAUGUGAAGUGAUUACUUAAUAAGCAAUUUGAUCUGAGUUGUCUGUGACGAUCCUGGUGAUGCUAUGUUGAUAAUUCGCUUGAUAAUGCCGGUGAAUUGGUAUGGCGGGGCGGGGGAUUCACAACUGUCGAGGGCUGUCGAUGAUCAAGAUAAGCCGAUAGUAUGCCUCAAUCAAAGGUAGGAAGGAAGUGAGGUAUGCUCGGAAAGCAUCUCAAAAAUGGGAAACACACAAUGGAUACUUUGGCACCUGUACGCUUAGUUGUUAAUUAUUCAAUUUGCUGCAAGCCGUGUAUGAUUACGCUGCUCACGACUAUCCCAAAAUCAUACAGGAAUUUUUAUUUCAAUAAAGGUAUGCAAAG